UUGUAUAAGUCAAUUUGGUUUUGUAAUCAUUUAGAUAUUCUUCUAAUAAAUUUCAUUCUCUGGGCGUGGCCUCGUGGACUAGUAGCAAUCUGCAAAGAUUGCUGAUACCACGUAAAAAUUCGUGUGUUCUUUACUUUAUGUUCGUUUUUAUCUUCUGGUCACAAACUGUUUAAACAUAUAUGGUUUCUGUUCAAACAGUCUUGGUAUCUGUUUAAACAUUUCUGUAACAGUUUAACAAUUAAUUAUUUAAUUUAAAUAAUUAAGUUGGUAAUCAUAAAAAACGGAAUUUCACUUCUCUCGGUCAAAUUUCCCAAAAGUCACCUUCAUUUCUCUCUCUCUCUCUCUCUCGCUCUCUCUCUCUCAGACCAAAAAAAACCACCACGACUUGCAGUCAGCCGGACCUCCACCCACCACGACCUCAGCCGGACCUCCCACACACUCAACCGACCUCCACAUUCAUUUUUCUCACCCAAAAGCAAUGGAUUCAACUGUAUUUGUGCCUGUAUUGUAUGAUGGUGUUUGGGCUGUCGAGGGUUUCAACUGGGUAUUCAAUUCCCCAACAAGUAAGACGUUGAUGUUUGACAUUGACACUACUCUGGAAAAGUUGCGUGAAGUUUUGUAUGAAGAGUUGGAUGUGGAUCCUUUGGUGUAUGAACUGAAAUUAGAAGUCUGUUACAUGUACAUGAAAGGCACCAAGUUUCCGCCGGGGGUUUUAGUGAAAGAUAGUCAACUGCGAGUGUUUUUUAGUAGGAAGGCAAAGAUGAGUGUGGACAACUUGCUGCCACUAUUUGUGACUAAGGCGAAGAAGAAUGUGAAUUUGGAGCCUACUCGAAGUGUAACCCCUCGAAGUGUGGUAGGGACCUUUGUCCCAGAAACUAAUUAGGGGGUUGGUUUGAAUGAGCAACUACCUAAUAAUAUAGAUGACCACAGAGCCGAUAUCGCAUUUGAUCAUUUAGAUGAUUUCGAUGGUCUCUAUUACAACGAUGAUCCUGUGGUAGAUUUGGAUGAGGAUGAUGAUGUGGAGCUGGAAGUUGAUGGAGCUGUACAAGUACCUCCCUUGAGGUUGGAACUAACUCCAAGCAACCAAGCAGAGCGACAAAGAAGACCCCCUCGUAGUGAGAAUCACCAAACACCAGGCACAAAUACAGUUGAAUCUGUCACAAACAAAAAAAAUUUAAAAUCAGAAAAAAGUACAAAUAAAGUCGAACAAAUUUAAAAUCGCACACAUAUCGUUCAAUAUUGCAAAAACAUCGCACAACUAUCGCAAGAAAUUUUGGACAAAAUUAAUACAGACAAAAUCGCAAUGAUAUCGCAUAGGAAUCGCACAAGUAUCGCACACAGAUAAAGUCGCCCACAAAAUCGCCCAAAAAUACUUAGUUUUUGCCACACAUAUAACAUCGCACAAAAUCGCAAUGGCAUCGUUCAAAUGUCGCAUAGUUUCAUCCCUAACCUCUGACUUUGGUAGAAAUCGCACAAAAUCGCAAUUUAUCAUUCAAAAAUGGCAAAAAAACGAAAAACAAAAAAAAAAAACGCAGAAAACGGAGCAUAGUCUACUUUCAUUUCAGAACACAAAAUGGACAAAAUACAACCAACAAUGUGCAGAUCCAUACAACUUACACUAAAUAUAACAAAAGCCAACAAUAUUUUGCAUAAAAAACACUUACCCAUUGCUUUUGGGUGAGAAAAAUGAAUGUGGAGGUUGGUUGAGUGUGUGGGAGGUCCGGCUGAGGUCGUGGUGGGUGGAGGUCCGGCUGACUGCAAGUCGUGGUGGUUUUUUUUUUGUCUGAGAGAGAGAGAGCGAGAGAGAGAGAGAGAGAGAGAGAGAGAGAGAGAGAGAGAGAGAGAGAAAUGAAUGUGACUUUUGGGAAAUUUGACAGAGAGAUAGAGAGAAGGAGGAGAGAGAAGGGAGUUAGAGAAAAUGGAGGAAGUUGAAAAGUGAGGGGUAAUUUGGGGAAGAAAUUGAAAAAAUAGGAUAACUUUCCUAUGUUUAUUUUUUGGGUUUAAUUUUUUACUUUGUUUAAUUUUUUAGCAUAUGAUAUCAAAUUUCCCUUUAAGAAAUAGUUAUUUCGUUAAUAUUUUGCAUAGCUCUUUUUUUAUUAUUAUUAUUGUUAAUUUGUUGGGUUCCAAUUGGGAUAAUGCAAGUGCUACAAAUAAUGGUCGCAUUUGUAAGUAUAAUUUUGUAAUAUUCUUAUUGGUUUUGUAAUCCAUUUGGAAAUUGUUUAAUUAAUUUGAUAUAUUAAGUGAUUUUGCUUAAUUCACUUGACAUUCUAUUUAAUCAGUGCCAUUUCCCAAAUCGACUAAGAGUGUUUGAUUUGGAAUAAGCAAUUCUAAUAAUUUAUAGGUUAUUUGACACACUGCUAGCUUCUUAAUGCAGUCACAAACCUUGCUACGAAACCAUUCUCUAAAUUCCUGAUCUGACGAGUCUUUCUUUUCUUAUACCAUUUGGUUAAUAUAGUUAAAUCCAAAAAGGAAAAUACAUAAUUAG